AUGAUCGCCUCGUUCUUAGUGUUCCACAAGGAAUGGAACGGAGAGGAGGAGCGAGAUCUCUUACAGGGCAUCUACAAAGCGGCUCCUAGGGGCUUCCUACAGCUGCAUUACCCCUUAAACCCUGUCCCUUCCCAGGCGAGGUACCUUCAGCACAUAGCCCACUGCGUCAGCUCUUUACCCCACGGGUUUAUUGAGAGGGAAAGCAAGGACAAGAAGGGGAAGGGGAAGGGAAAAGGGGUGGCGGAGGAGGAGGGCAGCGAGUGGGGGAGCCAGGUGCUGGUUCUGUCUUCUAGAGAGGGGUGUCUGGGAGCGAGCAGCAGCCGGAUGGUGACUCUAGACUGUGUGAUUAUGCGCGGUGUGCCACAGCUGGACGCUAGAGGCGGGUGCUGCCCUGUGAUCAGAGUGUUUGGGCGCGAUCCUGGCCUGCCGGAGAACCGAGACUCGGGGCUGCUGUUUCUGAGCGCGAGGCAUGGCGUGAAUCGAGCCAAGUACUACCUGCAGAGAGAGGCGGAGGUGGUGAAGAUGGAUGUGAUGGCGGUGGUGCAGGGGGACGUGGUGAUAGAGUGCGUGCAUGUGGACAUGGAGGGCGCGGGCAGCGAGCAGAUGGUGUGGCGAGUGGCGUUCAACACGGCCCACGUGCGAUCCAACAUGCUCGUGCUCUCGCGGGACGAUCUCGAUAUUCUCUGGCACACAAGGGAGCGGUUCACGCAGGACUUCAGAGUGGAGAUCCUUCUGACGGACCGGGAGUCCAAGGUACUGCCUCCACCAGCCGCCACCUCCCUGGCGGCAGACGACUUCGGCGGUCUACCCCUCGAUUCCUUCCUCAAGCUCAAGGAGGCUUUUGAGGAUUCCAAUUGGUCGCAGGACGACAGCUCACGCGCCCUAGAAGAGAUCCGCCACACCAUCUACUCCGCAGCCAGUACCAAGAGGAGAAACCGCCGCAGUGGAGGGUUGCGGGUUCGAACCCGGGUGCCGGCAGGUGGGAAGUGGGGCCCAGGAGGGGCGGGGUUUGCAGGGGAUAUGCUAGAUGAUAGCGAUUAUGCUUCGGAUUUGGAUUCAGCUGAUACUUCUCCGACGUUUUCGAGCAUGUUGCAUUCGAGGGAUGGGAGCCCGUCGCCAUCUCGGCCGUUUGGGAGUGGUUUAGGGUUUGGGAUGUUUGGGUUUCCGGGCGGGAAGGUGCGGAGGAAGGUUGGGUCGGAGAUGGUGUUGCCGCCUGGGUUGUUGUUUGCGGAGCAGACUUAUACGGAGGAGGAGGGGCUGACGAGGAGAGAGAGGGCGAGUGCGGGGGAUUUGAAGAUGCUUUGGUUGGAUUUAGCGAAUGGGCCGUCGUUGUAUUGGAACGAGUGGGAUCCGGAGCUGAAUCCUGUUCUGGGGAAGCUUUUAAGGAGGAUGUCGAAACGGGUGCCGGGGUUUAAGUUGCCCGAGAUGGGGUUGCUGGGGCAGAAGGGGCUGGAGAAGGGGGAGGAGGAGAAGAAGGAAGAGGAGAAGCUGGAGAAGGAGGAAGAGAAGGAGGAGGAGAAGGAAGAGGAGGAGGAGAAAAAGGAAGAGAAGAAGGAGGAGAAGGAGGAGGAGAAGGAAGAGGAGGAUGAGGAGGAAGAGGCGGCUGCUGCAGCUGCUGCUGCUGCUGAGGCUGCAGCAGAGAGGAAGAAACAGGAGAAGCUGAGGAAGGCUGAAGAGAGGCGGAAAGAGGCUGAGAGGAGGAGGUUGGAGGAAGAGGAAGAGGAGAGGAGGGAGGAGGAGAGGUGGAGGGAGGAGCAGAGAAGGAGGCAGGAGGAGAGGGCAGCUAGAAAGGCAGCAUUAGCUGCAAAGAUGGCUGAGCCAGACCCACCCAGUCCCAAAGUAGCCCCCCCUCCCCCGCCUCCUCCCCCAGGAGGGGGACCUCCCCCGCCUCCUCCGCCUCCCCCUCCCCCACCCCCUCCCCCAGGCGGAGGCGCUCCUCCCCCUCCCCCUCCACCCCCUCCCCCACCCCCUCCCCCAGGUGGGGGUCCUCCCCCGCCCCCUCCCCCGCCUCCUCCCCCACCCCCUCCCCCAGGAGGGGGUCCUCCCCCGCCCCCUCCCCCGCCUCCUCCCCCGCCCCCUCCUCCAGGGGGUGCCCCUCCUCCUCCUCCCCCUCCUCCCCUUCCGCCAGGGGGGCGGGCCCCCCCGCCUCCUCCGCCCCCUCCACCUCCUCCCCCAGGCGGGGGCCCUCCCCCGCCUCCCCCUCCCCCUGGCGGGCCCAGAGGACCUCCCCCUCCCCCUCCCCCUCCUGGCGGGCCCAGAGGCCCCCCACCCCCUCCCCCUCCCCCUGGGGGGGGAAAGGGUCCCCCCCCGCCCCCCCCUCCCCCAGGGGGCAAGGGCGGACCACCUCCCCCUCCCCCGCCCCCAGGGGGAAAAGGCCCUCCAGGCCCUCCCCCUCCCCCCGGAUUGAAGGGCCCCCCUCCUCCCCCCGGGUUCAAGGGGAAGGGUCCCCCUCCCCCCCCCGGGUUCAAGGGGAAGGGUCCCCCGGGGCCCCCUCCCCCCGGGGGGUUCAAGGGGGGUUUUGCAGCUGCUGCGCCCCCCCCCAAGAAGAAGACCCCCCUGAAGGCGUUUUUCUGGGGGAAGGUGACACGAGUGGUGGAGGGGAACAUGUGGGCGGAGGUGCAGAAGGAGGAGCAGGUCGCUGCUACCCCCAAGCUGGACCUGGAGGCGCUAUACCCAGAGCUGGAGGAUCUGUUUUCUGCCGCCCCUCCCCCCAAGAAGAAAGACACCGGGCCCAAGAAGGAGGCCAAGCCGCAAGCACUCUCUCUUAUUGAUAUGAAGCGAGCCAACAAUUGUAUGAUUAUGCUUUCCAACAUGAAGCACCUCAAAUACAAUGAGAUUGUGGACGCCAUUCUAGCGCUGGACAGCAAGGUGCUGGACGCGGAGAAGGUGGAUGCUCUGCUCAAGUUCUGCCCCGCCAAGGAAGAAGCGGAGAUGCUCAAGGGCUGUGGCAUGCCGCCGGAGAAGCUGGGCAAGUGCGAGCAGUUCUUCCUGGAGAUGCUGCGAGCGCCGCGUAUCGAAGCCAAGUUGAAGAUCUUUGAGUUCAAGCUGUCGUACGACCAGCAGGUCAAGGACGUGCAGCGCAAUCUGGAUCUGGUCCACAAUGCGUGUAAGGAGGUGCGGGAUUCCAAGAGGCUGAGGCGCAUCAUGCAGACCAUUCUGUCACUGGGGAACGCGCUCAACCAGGGCACCGCCAGGGGCUCUGCCGUGGGGUUCAAGCUGGACAGUCUGCUGAAGCUCACCGACACCAAGACGCGCAACAACAAGAUGACCCUCAUGCACUAUCUGGCCAAGGUGCUCACGGAGAAGCUGCCUGAGCUCGCCUUGUUCUGGGAGGAGCUGCCGUCCCUUGAAGAUGCCCACAAGAUCCAAGUGAAGCAGCUGGGAGAGGAGAUGGGCCAGCUCAACAGCGGCACCACCAAGCUGGAGCGCGAAAUGGUGGCGUCAGAGAAGGACGGGCCCGUGUCUGAGAACUUCCGAACGGCCCUGAAAGAGUUCGCAGAGGAAGCCACGUCAGGAUCCAAGAGGCUGGCUGCACUCUAUGCUGACGUGACCAAGGCAACAGAUGGGCUCUCAAGAUACUUUGGAGAAGACCCCGCCAAGUGCCCUUUUGAACAAGUUGCCACCGUGCUGCACAAUUUCGUGCAGUCUUUCAAGAAGUCUCAAGACGAGAACAUAAAGAAUGCUGAGGCGGAGAUCAAGCGAAUCGAGAAGGAGAAGAAGAAAGAAGCGGAGGAGAAAAAGAAGAAGGAACUGGAGGAGAAGAAAGCGGCUGAAAGAGCGGCGAAAGCAGCAAAGGAGAAAGCAGCACAGGAGGCGAAAGAAGCGAAGGAGAAGGAAGGGGGAGGGGGGGGAGGGGAGGAGAAAGCGGAGGGGGGAGAGGAUGGGAAGAAGGACGGGGAGAAGGAUGGGGAGAAGGAAGGAGAGGGGAAGAAGGAGGAGGGGAAAAAGGGGCCGGUUAACAUGCUUGCUGCGAUUAAGAAACGCCAUGUGGCGAAUGAUAAUGAUGAUGAUGACGAUGAGAAGAAAGAUGAGAAGAAGGAUGAGAAGAAGGAUGAGAAGAAGGAUGAGAAGAAGGAUGAGAAGAAGGAUGAGAAGAAGGACGGUGGAGAUGCAAAGAAGGAUGAAAAGAAGGGUGGUGAGGGGAAGGAGGAAGCAGGGAAGGAAUCGGAGGUGAGUGAGGUGGAAUCAAGUAGUGAUGACGAUGAUAGUGACAGUGAGGAGGACGAGGAGGAGGGAGCAGGAGACAAGCCAGCAGAAGGGGCAGCAGCAGCAGGGGCGGCAGCAGGUGGUGCAAAGGAAGAAGCAGCAGCAGGGGCAGCAGCAGGGGAGGAUGGGGCGAAGGAGGGUGGAAAGAAGAAAGUGGUAAAGAAGGUGGUGAAGAAAGUAGUGAAGAAAAAGAAGGCUGCGGAAGGGGAGGGGGCGGCUGAAGGGGAGGCGGGGGAGGGGAAGAAAAAGAAGGUGGUGAAGAAAAAAGUGGUGAAGAAGAAGGAUGGGGCUGCGGGGGAGGGCGCGGAUGGGGCAGAGGGAGGCGGGGAGAAAAAGACAGUUAAGAAGAAAGUUGUCAAGAAAAAGGCAGCAGCCGAUGCGACUGCUUGA